AAACAAAAUAAAAAAAAUUCACUUACCUUCAUUUCCUUAAACCCUAAACAGACCUCCACCCACUGUAACUAAUUCUCGGUGUAUUAAAGCGUCACGCCGGAACUCCACCAACCCAAGCCUACUUAGCCAUCGGCCGUCGUUCUCUUGCUGUAAGAGCCUGGCAGUGGCACCCCAUUAUUCUAUUUAUCAAGCUCUGCUUGGAUCGACCUUGCUUCAGCUUGAACUUGGGCAUCCUUACAAGUUAUUGUCAAAGACCAAAAAGAAUGGUGAUGCCACAGUUAUAUGGGCGGACAAAAAGUGUGACAAAAAGAUCAAAGAAGUAUCUAGAAGAAGCACUGUAUGUGAGGCUGUUCAAAGAAGGCAGCUCAGAGGUUAGUGUGAGACAACAGUUAAAUCAGUUCCUCAAGAGCUCCAGGCGUGUCUUCAAAUGGGAAGUUGGUGACACUAUCAAGAAGCUUCGCAGUCGCAACCUUUAUUACCCAGCUGUCAAGCUAUCAGAAACUAUGUCUAGUAGGGGCAUGAAUAAAACCGUCAGUGAUCAAGCUAUCCAUCUUGAUCUAGUUGCCAAAACUCGAGGCAUACCUGCUGCAGAAAAUUACUUCAUUGAUCUUCCUGAAACAUCCAAGAACCUUCAAACAUAUGGAGCUCUUCUCAACUGUUACUGUAAAGAAUUGAUGACUGAAGAAGCAGAAGCUCUCAUUGAAAAGAUGAAGGAACUCAAUCUUGGUUUGGGCUCCAUGUCUUACAACAGCCUUAUGACUCUUUACACAAAAGUGGGUCAGCCCGAAAGGAUCCCAGCAAUUAUACAGGAAAUGAAGGCUGACAAUGUCAUGCCAGAUUCUUACACAUACAAUGUCUGGAUGAGGGCUCUGGCAGCUGUAAAUGAUAUUUCUGGUGUUGAAAGAGUGAUCGAAGAGAUGAAGAGGGAUGCCCGAGUUGCUGUGAAUUGGACAACAUAUAGCAACUUAGCCUCGAUUUAUGUUGAUGCUGGCUAUUUUGAUAAGGCAGAAAAGGCACUUAAGGAAUUGGAGAAGAUAAAUGCAAACAAAGAUCUUUUUGCUUUCCAGUUUCUGAUUACUUUGUAUGGUCGAACUGGAAAGUUGCUUGAAGUUUAUCGAAUAUGGCGCUCUUUGAGGCUGGCUUUUCCUAAAACUGCAAAUAUAAGCUAUCUAAAUAUGAUUCAAGUGCUGGUUAACUUGAAGGAUGUACCUGGUGCAGAGAAGUGCUUCAGGGAAUGGGAAUCUGGGUGCUCAACAUAUGAUAUCAGGGUUGCAAAUGUUAUCAUCAGUGCAUAUACCAAGGAAGGUUUGGUAGACAAGGCUGAGGAACUCAAGGAAAGGGCCCGCAGGAGAGGAGCCAAACCUAAUUGUAAAACCUGGGAAAUAUUUUGUGAUUAUUAUUUGAAAAAUGGGGAUGUCAAAUUGGCUGUUGAUUGUUUAGCCAACGCGGUAUCUGCAGGUAGAGGGAAUGGUCAAAAGUGGGUGCCAUCACCUGUGAUUCUAGGGUCUUUGAUGGCACAUUUUGAGCAGCAGAAGGAUGUAGAUGGUGCAGAAGAUCUUAUUGAGAUUUUGAAGAAGGCUGUAGAUGAUGUAGCGGGGGGGGGAUUUGUGUCAUUGAUUAGAACUUAUGCAGCUGCUGGAAGAAAAAGCCAAAUGAUGCGUCGCAGAUUGAAGAUGGAGAAUGUGGAAGUGAAUGAUGAUUGUCAGAAGUUGCUUGAAGCAAUAUGUGUGGAGUAGUUUUAUUUGCUAUUUCAGUUUGUUACCAGAUCAUGUGUUCUAGAAUCAGUUUUGAAUGGUUUAACUUGCUAUAUUGUUCUAAUAAUGAAAUGUGGCAUCUGCUUCAUUUUUUUUUAUGGUGGAGAUGCAUGUAGUCAAUGAUUAAACAAAGUGUUAUGCUGUAUUUGUAAU